AUGCAACGUUCAAGAACACUUCUCAUCCCUGCAUUGGUGCUUACUAUCUUGGCAUUAAUAUUCGUCAUCGUGGGUGUUGCUACGCCUUCAUGGAUAGUAUCAAAUGGUGACCCAUCGGCGGAAUUCGGUUUAUUCAAAUACUGCGCAACAUCAGGCGUUGAUGGACGGUGCAUUGAGAAAACUAUUGUCACUCCAGCUGCUCUUGCGAUCGUCGGUCUCAUAUUGACAUUAGUAUCGGUACUUACGUUACUGGUAGUGUUAGUCAUCCAGAAGCUACCCCGACUUUUCAGCAUUUUACCAAUUAUUUUUCUCGUAGCAGCAUCGAUAUUUAUUCUUGCCGCCAUUGUUCGAUAUUUUCCAUCGCUUAUUGCAGAGUUGGCUUCGAAUCCAGCGGUACGACAGACCGCUGGUACUGGUGAUCCGCCAAGCAAUGAAAUUAGCUAUAGUCUUGCCUUGAUAAUAACAGCGCUUGUACUGUUAAUAAUUUCAAGCGUUUUGGGUGCACUAGCGGCUGGUGGACUCAUUUUUGGUGCUGAGUAG